AUGUUCUAUUACCCUGCAGAUCUGCACAAUCUGUUUAUCUGAUCGAUUCCACUGAUCGCCCUAGCCUGUAAGGUUUGAUUAUGACAAAUCGGAGAUUCAGGUGUCGUGGGGCCCGUUGACUUUUUUCAUCCUAAAUGAAUUAGUUGUAUCAGCCGGCCCGUACAUCUUGCUAGCCUUCCUUACAUAUCCUACGUUUGUCACGCGUUCUGCCACACGCAUUAUUUGUUCGCGUGCGCUUAGCGUCACCACUGCCUCCAACACUGUUCUUCUCAACACGUAUCAUGUCAAGUUUAUCCGAUACAAUUGCUGCGUACCUCCCAAGUACGCACAAGUUCCUGGUGGUACACCUCCAGUCGCACCCGAAACAGGCCAAGGCGUUGGUGAUCCAGCGCUCUGCACACGCUGAGCUCACGGUGCGCUCCACACACUUUGUAAUGCUCAGCUAUGUGUCCGACGAGAUCAUUCCUCUAUUCGGGAUCGAGCUAAACGUCUACUUGAGCGUCAACCCGCACGCAAACACCAUCCACAAAACCUUGUUUGUGUCCAAGGCCGACACCACGGGGAUGCACAAUCUCCGCGCAUUGGGGGUCAAGGUCAACGAGGUGGUGAUACUGAUUUUAAAACACAUUGUCAGCUCCGAUUGUCAGGAUUACCUCGACCAGGGAAUUGUGUUUAAGAGGUCGGUGUAUACCAGCGCCCAGCUUGCGAGCAUGGGCAAGGCACCAGUAAACCACACUGACGCCGCGGUGAAAGACGUGAUGUAUUUGAAGGGGAUCAAUCCGGGGUUGCUCCGGUUGAUCCGACAGUUCAGGGAGACACGGCAAUGGCCGGAUUUGACGUUUGAGAGCUCUGACAUCCAGCCAGCGGGAACGCUCGCACCUCUAGCCACGUUGCUCGCGGCUACGUUUCCGGACGCACCCACGUUCGAUGUCGCACGCGCCACGCAGCACAACCAGAUUUCGCUCUUCACCAAAGCUGCGGACCAAUACUUGUUUCCUGAAUCGUUCAAAAACACCCAGCACAAGCACGUCUUGGCGGGCGACCAGUUGCUCCGGUGGUGGAUGAAGAUUAUCGACACCGUGGUGGUGGAGUGCUUCUCGCCACACGCGCUCGAAUGCAAGCUCUUGCUUCCGGGGGCCGAACCCCAUGCGAUCCAGAAAUACUUUCCAGAUCCCCGGUGGACGGUGGGCUCGAUCUUCCAUGCUGCAAAGACUAUACCAGCUGUGUACGCCGUGCCGCUCUUCCCCGACGAUCCCAAGGGCCGCUUCUUGGAGCAUCUCAUCGUCGAAAACAGGGCCAAGCAAAUUUGCAUGGAGACUUUCUGGGUCGAAUUGAGCAUCAGACAAGAAUUCCGGUUGGGCGACACGGUGGGGGUCAUCGGGGUGCAUGGGGAGCUCAACCGUACAGUGCGCACCCGCGCGGCGUUCCUCAGCUUGAAAAGCUAUCACAAGGUUCGCAAAAUUCUCAGCGAUCUUGAUUAUUCGUCGCCAGAGGGAGUUGGAAAUGCGUUGCAUGGGUUGUUGGAAGGAAAGGAGACAUUUUGGGUGGAAGAGAGGCGAGGGGAACGAACGGUGGUGGUGGUGGCUGCGGCCAAGCGGACCGUCGCUUCACCAACCGUUAACAACUUGACCAGCAUGGUUAGGAAGAAACCAAAAAAGGGUAUUUAGAUGGUGUUUGGCAUUAGUUCGAGUAUAGUAGAGAUGGAUCAAGGUAUAGAGGAAUGUGCAGGGUGAAAAGCACUUAGCUUCGAUCGUGGUGUAAAUAGCUUUACAAUUAUCCGGUUAGCGAUUCACUGAGAUCUGACUGGCUCUUAAGGCUUGGUGUGUAGGCCGAUAUUCUGUGUCCGGUCACGUUGUGCACUGGUAGCUGUCAGAUGCAAAAUAUUCUACCAAUCCUCUAAGAGCUUCCUAAACGUAGGUAAAAUCUUCCGGCAAGAACAAUUUCACAUAAGGCAGCAAGUCACUCUUAUAUGAAAAGGACUAGCUCGGAUAUUAAGUAAUCCCACUUGAUUUCACUCUACUUAGGGUAAAUGUAAGGCGCACUAGUGAUACAGUCAAGUAUUGCAAAUCCGGACCCCUAGGCACAUGCUAAAAU